AUGGAAACGGGCCUUCUAUGUCGAAUACUGGCACUCAGCGUGUUAAUAUUCACACUACUCACGAAUAGACACGUACAACUAUCUCAAGGGGCCAAUAUAAACCCACGGAAAAAUGCUUUCAACAGAACAGCAAUCGAUAAAACAACAACAACACAUCGGUGCUAUAGAGAACAUCUAACACGAUGGAAUGAUAUACAAUACUCACAUAUAUCAAAGGCAGCAUUCGUACCAGCACGUGGAAACGAUGGCAAUUUCCUAUAUGGCAGACGACCAAAGGUAAAUAGGACUGAAAAGGGUGGAUGCGGGACAGUCACACCUAAAUGGGACCUCAGUGUAUACUCCAAUCACGACGAUGAAAUAUUGGAGCCAUAUGGUGACAAUGUGCCCUUGGAAUCAGGAGAUAACGCAUUUAUACACGAUGAAGUUCGCAGAACCAUCCAAGAAAUUAAAACAAGAGGUGAACCGGAACGAACGAGGGUUGAAAAUAGCAACCUCAAAAAGGAUGACACAAUAACAGAUGAUGAAAACGAUGAAGACACAUAUUAUGUAAGGAAACAAGGCAAAACGCAUGAACAAGAGCUUAAAACUUAUGAAGAUUUGUAUUCAACGCUGGAACAAUGGAGAAAAUCAGAUAAAAAAGGUGAACGUGAUAUAUAUGGGUUCCUGCAGAGGCGGAUGAAAGAAAUGAAAAAAACAUCAAAGUCACAAUAUGCCAAUGCUGCUGAAGAUAUGACAGUAGAAGAUUUCAUAGAAGAAGUUAAGAAACAAUCAAAAAAUAGAGAAGAAAAAACAACCAUAACAUAUAAGUGGCAUGAAUAUAUACGGAUGCUGAAAUCGGGAAUUGCAGAUAAAAUACGACAGGCAAAAAGAAGUAGAUGCACUAACGCAUCUGAUAUAGUAGAUAGGUCAUACAAAAUACUAACAAGAGAAGAACAAUGCGGAUACAGGUACCCUAUUGCAGGGUCACCAGAAGAAAGGUAUAGCGACCCCAAUGUAUACAAAGCAUGGGGACGCACAGGACUAUACCAAACACAGUACCUAAGGACAUUGCCCAGGGCACAUGGAAAGGUAGAACAGAGGGAACAAACGUUGGAGGAACUUAUACUAUCGAAUUCACCAAAAAAGGAUACGGACCAAAUGGGUAGACAGCUAGACGAAAUAAGGCUUAACAGACUAGAAAAAAACAUGACACAAACCGAUAGUAACCGUCAAAAUUCAAUGGACAAAGUUACACAGGAGAAAGAUCAAAUGGUUGCAACUACAUUCUCUGCCAAAGUAGACGUAAACGAUACAGAAUUGGAAAAACAACUUAUUGCAGGAAAUAGACAAACACAACUAGAGAUGCUACUGGCACUAAACCCAUAUAACCCGUGGGAUAAAUAUAAACGCAUGAAAAUGGUACAAACUGCAAUCGAAACACACAAAACAAUUGAAAUAACCUAUAAGCUAAAAUCCGUAGGAGUGAAAGUUAAUAUAAAUGACACAACAGAAAAACCAAACCAACAGUUCCUCAGGGACUACCUGCAUCACUUCCUGAUGUUACCGGAAGAUCAUGAAAUUAUGCAAGAAUUUAAAAACGCGCAAUAUCUAUAUGAUGUAUUGAGAUAUUUCGACCUUUUUGAAAGAGAAACGCCGAAACAGGAACCAGAGUUUCUAGACCUACAGGAUAGAUUGUUCAAUGUUAUUUUCCCGGCACUCAAGGGGUUCCCAAAACCUCCGCCAAACCCGGAAUACCCAAUGACAAUGACACCUGACAAAAAACCAAAGAAUUUCAGAGUUAAUGCAGUUAACGCACUUCUAGCGCUACUCAGAGCACAGGAACUCACCACGCUAUACGCAGCAGAUAUAUUUACAGAACAAAGGAUCAAAACGAUACUCGCAACCAUAGAACGGGCCCUGGAAUUGGAAAUUACAAGGCUAAAGCUAGGCAUAACUGAUAUACAAAUGCCCGAUCUAGAGGCACACCUUUGCCAAAUAGAUGAUGCAUACCUAGCAACGCUAGCAGCAACACUGUCACUAUGGAACAUCGUAGACGGCGUGGAAGGGAUAGUAGAUGCGAUCAUAGUGCUCACAAACGCGCGCAUCGCUGAAAUGAGGCCAAAGUAUCUAGUCGCAACCGCUGUCAAUAUCGCUAACAUACACAAACUGCCAAAGUCAGUAUUCCUCAAAUUUGUCAAGGCAAUAGUACAACAAAUGCAGAAAAGGUUCCAAGAGGACCUAGUACACUGCGCCGUGGAUACAAACCAUACAAAGUGGAUGGAUUUUGAAACCGCGGCGCAAACACUCAACCUUCUGGCAAGGUACAAUCAUGCAAUAAACAAAGAGUUCAUGAACACGUUCAUGAAAUUGUACAUGAAAGAGUUCAUGGAAUUAAAGGUGCCAGAACCUGAUGAAAUCGAACAAAAUAUCUCGAUACAAACAGGUAAUACAACAGAGGAACACGAUGACUAUUGGCAAUGUAUUAGAAAAGCAGAUGAUGAAAUCAUGGCAGAACGACAUCGGAUGGAUGAUGAGUUACGUUAUAAACUAAAUCGAAGGAUGAAAGUUAAUGCUGUCAGAGGAAGGAAAAUACAAUAUAUAUGGUCCCUAAUCAGCUGUCUGAGUUGGUGUGAUUUGACGCAAGAAUAUCGAUAUCUGGUGAAAAAACUUAACAUGGCAUCAGUAGUACAGGAUUUCAAAAUGCACUCAAUGGGAGCACUCGCUGUCUUGCAAACGUGCUCACAGGACACAGAGGAGGAACAAAUACUAGUAAUGAGAGCACUGGCGGCACUCAUGGACGUAAGGUGGACACUGAAAGGCGAACAGUGGCUGGAAGCCAUGGAAGUAUACCGCGAAGCAACAUUACCAAGAGAAAACGGUAAACCUCCAAGGAUCAAAACUGAUAGUGCUUUUAUAGUCACUAUGUACAAUCAGUUCGUAAAAGCAAAGACACCGAAUCCAAAAAUAUUAAGGAGGGCAGUUGAUAUAUUACAUGGGUUCCACCCAAAUCUUUCACGGAAACAACUCGAACAACUCUUCUCACAAAUGUGUGAUGAGGUUACUGACUACUCAUAUAUGCAGGUGCAGUCGCUGGACGCCGAAAGGUUGGAGUAUCCACUACGGGAAGUGGCACACGUAUUGAGGAUGGCGGCAAAAUCGGGGGUUCGCCUAGACAAACCAUGGAACUCUUUCUUAGAACUAUUGAACAUUUUCAAACAUACGCUCACAAUAGAGGAUAUACAUGAGACACUAUUCGCACUCAAGGCAGCAAACUACACCGGAUUAGAACAAAUAGGUGAUUUACUCAUAUGCAGAGCUUGUAAUAUCGUGGAGGUAAUGACAGACACAGAUCCAAAAGCCUUAUGCGAUAUCAUGGAGCUAGCACUCUCAAUCAAAAUACCGCCCGCCAAACUGUUAAGGUGGUACAUAUAUUUGAAAUUCCACGAUAUACCAGAAAGUGAUAUGGGAAGGUUGGCAAUGGAAAUGUUGGGACAAAAACGAGAAUACGAUAUCGAUUUCAGAGGAUGGAAACGACCUGUUGGACAUAGCAUUAAAGGAGAAAAUAUACAACUUAUCAGCAAUCUAACCGCACCACUCAAAAUGCACGGAGCGCACCCAUACAUGCCAAAUGAUAAAUUGAAAUACGUUAUGCUCAGGACCAUAAAGGAACCACCGCCAUACACCGGCGAUAUAAGAACAAGGGAAGGGGCGCAGCUACCAGAGGAUAUAAGGCAACGGAUGGAGACAGUAGUCGCCGGGCUCUUGCAGGCAGGCUACACCCUCACACCUUCAGAUCUCGAACUCUUCAAAAUGGCAAAAAUCAUGCCAAAACAGACACAAGACCAUACAAACGAAUACGACACCAUAGCUCAACUGGCAUACAAAAAUUCACAAGAAGGUGACAUUGACCAGGGAUAG